AAUCAUUAUCAAAAUCUGUAAAAUCGUAAUCAUACUUACAACAAAAUAUAUAUGUCCAUCAAUGGCUAAUGGGUCAAGUCAGAGCCAUCAAAAACGGUCAAUAAAGUCACAAGGUAAUAAUACCUAGAAGGUCAAAUCAAGCUCAUCAAAAACUGCUCAUAGGGUUUUAGUAAAUAAACAAAGAAAUGAAUAAAAUGUUUUGCAGAGAUUACGACCAAGACAAAAUUACACAUUGAACGCAUCCUUUUUGAAUACGGUUUAUACCCCCGGAUUGCCAAAGCCUCUGGUGUGUUGAAGAGGUCACUGGGCUUGACGACAGUCUUCUUUCAAAGUCACUUAUAAAAUGAAGUCUAACAUUUCGAAGGGAGUGCAUAUUUACGCCUUUAAAGAUAUUUCAUGUAAUGUAAUAUUAAUAUCAUUGUGUAGCAAGUAAAUAACUUUGUGGAAUACUGCAUGUAUAUGUUGGUGCCUGCGUCGUGUCUUUGGUAAUUAAUUCGUCAUCUUGCCUGUUUUACUAUGUAUCUGAAAAAUAUGACCUUUGAAGGUCAAUGAUAUGAUAAUUUUUCAAGUUUUUUAUUAUUCAUAUCCAAGAAACGAAACCCUUAUGUGAUUGAAUCGUAAGUUGAACAAUAUUGGCAUUUGGUGAGUCAGUCAGUCGAGGAGGUCCUUAGUACGUACCAACCGACUCAGUUGGCUAUAAAAUGGUAUUUAAGAAUUGUUACUUGGAAAUUACAUGCAGGUUCUCGUACUUGACGGUGAGCCACACCUAUUGUGUGAGGGCUUGGAGAUACCACUUGGUUACCCAAACCAUAUUAGAUGAAGCAGCUAGGAUAUGAGUCACAUGGAAGAAACUACCGUUGACCUAAUGCACUAUGUUAGUUAAAGCAAACCUAGUUUGCUGACAACCCAAGGGCGUCCAAUCCAAUUCGUUAACUGGCUGUUUAAAUUUAAAUGGUAAAGAUGUGUAGGAUGCUUGGUUCAGUGUUGGAGAGUCCUGGUGACAGAGUACAAAUACUCAUGCCUUACUAUCUGCGAAAUCUUCAACAGUAUCAGACUUUAUUUAUUCUCUCUGCAUAAAGUAUCCUUCUUGUUUAUUCAAAUACAUUUCUAAUUCUUUUGGAUUUUUUUUGCUACUGUACUGUUUUAUUUCAUGUGUCUGUCUGUUUGCCAAUCGUACUUUCCCGUCUGUUUUUAAGUAGGACAGACAAUAAACACUGGAUGUUCAUCAAUAAAAUGUAUCACAACUAUUUUCUCAAGUAGUUCAGAUCUUCAAUUGAAUUGAAUAGUGGAGUUUUACUUUCAAUGUUGUCCAGUCGGUCUCAAAACAUAAGAACUGGGACCUCGUUGGAAAGCUUGAAGUAGCAAAAAACAGAACAGAAGAACUAGUAGAACAAGUUGUUGAACAAGCUAAUCAACAACUUCAAGAACUGCAGCAUGCUAUUGAACGACAUAAAAAUACGGAAAAAGCUAUGGAAAACAAUAUUCUCCCUGAAUCGAUUGAAUCUCAUGGAAAUUUACAAUAUAAGCUAACUGGAGCAAUCAAUGAGGUACGUAAAUUGCAGAAUGACAUCUCUAUGCUUAAACGUUACCGUGAUUUAACCUCAUCAUCGCAUGCAAACCUUCAAGACGAUUUAGAAGCCUUACUGAAACAUCUUGAAGCAAAAGAAUCAAACAAAGUUUGUACCUCUAUGAAUGUGGAUGAAUUGAAUGAUUUGAUUUCAGUGGCACAUGCUCGUAUAGCUUCAUUGCAAGCUAAACUGGACCAUUUAGAACAAACUGAGAGAGAACGAAUGAAAUCAGCUUUGGAUACACAACGACGAGGAGAUGAUGCCAUUCGACAAGAAUAUAUAAAACGAGAACUAGAUUUAGAACGGAGUAAACAUGAUAUUGAAAGACAUAGAUGGUUACUUGAGGCUCGCGAAGCUAAAGAACAUGAGCUGAAAUUAGCUCUGGCUAGACACAGUGAACAUCUUUCGUAUAUGUUGCAGUUAGAAAGAGAAAAAAUGGAACACCAGUUCGCAUUCCGACUUCGUGAAGAGCUUGCUAAGGAAAGAGUUGCCUUUGAAGCUGCACUUGCUGGUUGGACUAAACGUAUGGAAGCCAUCGAGGACGUCGUAGAUGGCAGGGCGGAUCUAGAUCGAUUGGCUAAAGAAGCACAAUCCCUAUGGCUUGCAUGUGAAGCUCUGGCCUGUCGCUUGCAUUCAGUUAGUCCGACGAUGAAAUCUGAUCAUGGGAAUAAGGAUGACUCCCUUUUAAUGAAUCAUACUGGAUCUCUAAAAGAUUUUGUUGAUUCCAUUCGUGAAUGUGCUUCUUCCGGAAAUUAUCCUUUCGUUAAUUCAAUUUUAGACAGUUUACCUAUUGAUGUAGUACACAAAGGAGUCUGGACAGAAGAUGGAUUGAAAAAGCGGUUUGAAAAGGUAUAUAACGUUUGCAGGAGUGUCACUUUAAUUGAUGAGACAAGUGGCUCACUAAUGAAGUAUGCUUUAUCCUGGCUACAAUCUGUAUUGGUGCUUGAUAUGAAAUACAAAUACCUGCAGUUGUUGUCACUAAUUAAAAGAAAUACGACUAGUGGUUCACAGGUUCAAUUGUCUGAAGGUGAAGAUUUCAUUAACCAAAUCGAUUCCAAACCAGAUCCAUUCUGUUUAUUGUCCAGUGCUAAACUAGCAAUCACCAAUGAACAUGAUGUCCCUUCAAAGGAUGAUAAUACUACUUUUGAUGUUGAAGGAAUUGAAACAGCUGUUCGAUUGUUAGGACAAUUACGCGGUCAAGCCCGUGUUGUUGCCAAUGAUUGGUUAGUUGAUGCUCGGCAUUAUUUAGAAGCUAAACAAACUGCUAGGACCUUGUUAGCUUAUGCUGCUGCUCGUGGCAUAUCCACUUUUCAGAAACGUUUGUAACUCCAUGAGAAAGUGAUAUCAAUAAUGUCUUACAUUUCAAGGAGUCAUUGUCAAAUAGUGUUUCACUAUUGAAUUCGAUUAUUUUCCUUUCUUCUUUGUAGGUGUAUUUAAAAGUCAGCUUCUCUUUUUGUGUAAACGUAGUCUUGUUGUCUUACUGACUAGGUUAUAACUUUUGUGUUAGUUAUACUAUGUAUGUAACAUAUUAGAUGAAAAUACAUUGGUACAUUUUCUUACGU